UCUGACUCCGGACAAACAACUUUGUCCACGAUGAAUCUGAACCCCUGGCCAUGAUUGCCAUUCAUAGUAAUUGACCAACAUCCCGGGUCGAUGUUUUAGACAUUACAGCACUCGAACUGCCACCAGCAAACCUGCCUGGGGUGAGAGAGACCACCAUCAGCUCCCAGUGACUUACGAGUUGUCGACAAACAAACACAACGCAAGCCAUUCCUCACUCUCCUCCAAACAAAGAAACACCUCUCUCCACGGACACUCGUACGCUAUUAUGAUCUACCUGGCGACCGUGCACCGAAAAGCCACUGCAUCAUCGAGAUAGCAAGCACACGAAAGCCCUCGUACAUCUCUAAUCAUCACGCACGCACCACCGCUGUCACCAUGUGGAGGAGCAGAAACAACGCACCGCAGAUGGGCUACAAUGCCUGGGCCGAGCCAACAAUGGACGAUCGCUAUUUGGAAACAAUCCCAGAGGUCGAGUCUUUGUAUUCUCAAUACAGUCGCCGGAGUAGUGUCGCCGCGACCACUCUUCCUGACCUACCAUUUCGUGCUGUGCCUCCAAUCAACGAUUACGAUCCAGUGCAGUCUCGAGGAUCUGUCACCCCCACCACUUCGGAUCCUUACGCCCAAGAUCUUUCAUCCCAAAAUCUUCGUCGCAGUCAAAGCCCUGUAGAUUCGGGAAAUGUUUCUCCCAUAAGUACCCUCAAUUCACUACACCAGAACGGUUCAGACGGCUCCCUUGUCUCUCCUGUCGAAUCCACGUUUCCUGCAUCUACAAACGCCUCGCAGCCCGAGCAGACCACCAAAAGCAGGAUUCCUCGCAAAAUGCCUUUGCCCCUUCCCAAGAACAACGAUGAGAUCCCGAAACGAUGGGCGCUGAAGAAGAGCGAGGGUGAAGAAACACGGUGGGAUGAAUAUUCGGGCGAGCCCAAUCAAGCAGGCAAGCCCUCUUCUGUUCGCCCAGGAACAAUACCACCAGCCGAUCAACCGUAUCCACAACUGAAAGAGAGAACCAGGCAGAUCUUGGCCGGUAUCAAAGAGAGAGAGGCAGUCAAGAAGUCGAGUUGGGGAAAGGUACCUCCACCUGUGGAAGCAGACCCCCUCGACAACCCAGUUCAACGACCAGCAUGGAGGGGCGCAAGCGGCAGACAUGCCAUAGUCGAACCGGUAAAGAACACGCCAGCUGCCAGAAAUAAGCCUUUGAUGUUGGUGGAAAGGAAGAAGGUAGCGGACACCGAACAACAUAGGCGGACCGACAGUCCAGAUUCGUUCGCUCCAGAAACAACUCCAAGAUCUCCAAUAGAUGCAGUAUCUGUGGCCGCCUCGAAACUUCCGACAAUUCGCUCCAUCCCUUCGGACGACAGCAUCAAGCCUCUCGCCCCCUUGAAAACUAAAAACACACCCCGAGUGAUGUCGCCAACUACUGUGGAACCGAAAGCCCUGGACAGUCCGUUCCGAAGCCCGGGUGCAGCACCACCAGUGUACGAACAAGCUCCCAGCCCGAGUCCUGCCCCGAGCACAAUUCGGAGCUACGGCGAUGAAAGUCCUACUCUUGGAUCGAAUGCCAGCUUUACUGGUGACAGGAGUUCAAGUGAGGACUCCAUCGAAACGACCAUGCAAGCACGUCCCCUACAGCGAGAGCACGACACCUCAUCGAGCUGGAAUACAUACACAGACGGUGGGAGCCAGAACCCUUACUCUCGAGCCGAGAUGACAAGCAGUCCAGUCUCUAUGACCGGCCCCUCAGAAGACAUGCCAUCGCCGAUUUACCUCAGGAAACGAGCCGCCGCCAAUAAUGGCGCACGCAGAGGUUUUGAUACCUACACUGGGAUAUCACCGUUUUCCAACGUGGCUGCCCAAAGGUCUAGUUCCAAUAUUCUCCGCAAAGCCAUCGGUAGUGAGGCUAAGCCGCGUGCCGUCAGCUUGAUGUCAGGUUUAUCAACGACGAAAUCUCUGCCACCGACGCCGGUUGAGUUGGAAGCUACGGACAAGCUAGCGUCGCUCGAAGCUCGAUUAGAAGACUUGGAACGGCGAAAGCGAAACCAACGGAAGAUCAUAGCGGAGUUGCAUGAGUCUCUCAAACGGAACGCCAUUAUCUACGACACCAGAAAACGCCGAGAGAUUGAGAAGAUGAUUACGAACCUCAACUUAGAGAUUCAAGAAAUCACGAACGAGGAACACGAAACUUCUCUCAGAUUGCACCGUGUCGUCAAGCGUAGAGAUCGGGAGGAAUACUAUGAGCAACCUACCGGACUGUGGAUCAAGAGAGUCACAACUUGAAGACACUUGCUGGGGACCAUUCAAACGACUUAUCCUGCUUGUACAGCGGAGUGAAACUCAAUCCGCUUUCAAAGCCAUUCGAAAUACACAUGACUCCUGCAGCGUUCUUAGCGUCUAUCCAUGACUGUUCCAGAAUCCGAAAAGCUCCUUGAAGCACAACCAGCUAUCUUCCCAGCUGAUUACGACAAAUAUCUCACAACCACAAUCCUUGAACAACAAUACGGAACCACACAUGACGAUUUCCCUUGCUACCUUGAUUUUCAGCCACAAAAGGGCCAACGAACAUGACACUUGUACCAAUAAUUUCAUACUACUCUUCGAUUCAUCUUUGACCGUGGUCUGGUCUAGCACGGGGUACCAGAAGUCUUGACCCUCUUCUCGAGCACACAGCUUUUUUGUUUUCUUCAAACACAUAUACCCCUCGGCUUUUGUUUCACACUUUUCAGCGUGGGCGUUGGAAGGUCUCGCGGUAUCAACACAUUGCCGGGCGAGUUCCGAAUUAGGGUGAUGACUUGGUGGACAUUGGCCCGUUUGUUUUCCAUUACUCCGCUAUGCAAAUGCAAAUACUUGUUUGACCUUUUGGGAGGGAGGGAUCACUGUUGAGGGUUUUGGAAGGACAGGAUGGAAUUGGGUUGAACAAGAAAGAAGAUUUGAGCACAGACAACAGAGUAUAGAGACAUACAUGUCCACGGCCGUGUGAAGAGUCUCAUCGAUCAUGAGGUCUUGACACUAAGAGAUCUCAGAGCAGUUUUCUUCCGUAGGGCCUGGCGUAUGUAUAUGUGUGUGCGUGGGACGACAGAACUUUUGAGCGUGGAGACCAAACAGAAAAACAUUGAGCAGUUUACCUCUGAUAAAUCAAGAAUCAAGAAUCAAGAAAUGUACCAGGAAGUAUGAACUUUUACCCAUAGGUAAAUAUAUACGGAGCAUGUAAACUUUACGACCUCAACAC